UGAUCACCGCCUGGUACAUUGGGUUCCUGGUGCUCAUCUUCGCCUCCUUCCUCGUCUAUCUGGCCGAGAAGGACGCCAACUCCGACUUCUCCUCCUACGCGGACUCGCUGUGGUGGGGAACGAUUACACUGACAACCAUCGGCUAUGGUGACAAGACGCCUCACACGUGGCUGGGCAGGGUUCUGGCUGCCGGCUUCGCCUUACUAGGCAUCUCCUUCUUUGCCUUGCCUGCCGGCAUCCUCGGCUCCGGUUUUGCCCUGAAGGUGCAGGAGCAGCACCGGCAGAAGCACUUCGAGAAGCGGAGGAUGCCAGCAGCCAACCUCAUUCAGGCUGCAUGGCGCCUAUACUCCACCGACAGGAACCGGGCCUACCUGACAGCCACCUGGUACUACUACGACAGUAUCCUCCCAUCCUUCAGAGAGCUGGCCCUCUUGUUUGAGCACGUGCAACGGGCCCGCAAUGGGGGCCUACGGCCCCUGGAGGUGCGGCGGGCGCCAGUACCCGACGGAGCGCCCUCCCGUUACCCGCCCGUUGCCACCUGCCACCGGCCGGGCAGCGCCUCCUUCUGCCCUGGGGAAAGCAGCCGGAUGGGCAUCAAAGACCGCAUCCGCAUGGGCAGCUCCCAGCGGCGGACAGGCCCCUCCAAGCAGCACCUGGCACCGCCGUCAAUGGCCACCUCCCCGAGCAGCGAGCAGGUGGGUGAGGCCACCAGCCCCACCAAGGUCCAGAAGAGCUGGAGCUUCAAUGACCGCACCCGCUUCCGGGCCUCUCUGAGACUCAAACCCCGAGCUUCUGCUGAGGAGGGCCCCUCCGAGGAAGUAGCAGAGGAAAAGAGCUACCAGUGCGAGCUCACGGUGGACGACGUCAUGCCUGCGGUAAAGACGGUCAUCCGCUCUGUCAGGAUCCUGAAGUUCCUGGUGGCCAAAAGGAAAUUCAAGGAGACGCUGCGACCCUACGACGUGAAGGACGUCAUCGAGCAGUACUCGGCAGGGCACCUGGACAUGCUGGGCCGGAUCAAGAGCCUGCAGGCUCGGGUGGACCAGAUUGUGGGAAGGUGCCCCGGGGACCGGAAGGCCCGGGAGAAGGGCGACAAGGGGCCCUCGGACACGGAGGCGGCGGAUGAAGUUAGUAUGAUGGGACGCGUGGUCAAGGUGGAGAAGCAGGUGCAGUCCAUCGAGCACAAGCUGGACCUGCUGCUGGGCUUCUACUCGAGGUGCCUGCGCUCGGGCACCUCGGCCAGCCUGGGCACCGUUCAAGUGCCGCUUUUAGACCCCGACAUCACCUCGGACUACCACAGCCCUGUGGACCACGAGGACAUCUCCGUCUCCGCACAGACGCUCAGCAUCUCCCGCUCGGUCAGCACCAACAUGGACUGAGGGGCUUCUCAGCGUCGGGACUGCACUCGGCCAGCCCCUCGGCCUGGCGCUCGGACCCGCCCCCGGAGGCCUCGGACUCUUCUCUUACUUGAACUCGCUCCCUCGCGGGGAGGGAGGCCACGUGCAGUAUUGAGCUGCCUGGGUGGGCGAGAUACCCGCUGUGGGUGCCAGCGACCCGCCCCACCUCAGGAGUGUGAGAUGCCAGGCCGCAUAGAGGGCAGCAGCAGCACUGCCCCGCGACCUCUGGGCCCCCAGUGCCCUGCCCGUUCCAUCAAGGCCCCACCCGGCCCGCCUGGCAGGGGCACUGUCCCAGGAGUGAGAGCAGGUCGCUGGGGCUCUGAGUUAUGAACCAGCUUCCAGCUAUGCAAGGUGAGGUCUCUUGGCCCGCCCUUUGGACAGAGCAGGGAAGCCCUCCCGCCAAGUCCCCGCCCCCUUGGGGGUGGGCCCAAGGUGCCCUCACAGGUACCCACAAGCACAGGACCCUGCCAUUAGGCAGGUGGGCACCAUAUAUGCAAACUAUGUUAAAUAUGCAACUUUGGGGACCCCCAUGGGGUCCCUCUGCCCAUCCCUCAUCAGGAGAUGGGCCCCCAGCAGUAGCUGGUCUCAGGCUGCUUGGCCAUGGUCCCCAUUUACACUCUUUGGCUUAUCACCCCCCCUCCCCCCACCCAGCAUGGGACCUGUUUCUCCCUUGCCUCCUCCAAGAGCAGUGCCUGGGCCUUUCUUCUCUUUUUCAGUGUCCCCUCCCAGGAGCUCCCUCUUCCUGCCAGAUGUCCAUGCCCCUUUUUGGCCCUCCAUUCAUUCAUAUUUGACAGCACAUGUUUCUGUGUUCUCCCCCAAAUCUCCCAUAAUGCUCCCAUGUCACACAAACAUGUCCCUUUAGUUUCCCCAGACAUGCAGAAAGUCUCUCACAGUCACACUGACAUACACAAUUAAACACACAUGGAGAUAUGAGCACAGAGCCACUUAGCCUUUCUGGGGCCUCUGCAGCUGAUGCCAGUGGACUGGCCUUGCAGGAUGAUGUCCACUAAGUGGUGCCCCCCACUCCAUCCAAGUAGGAGAGGGAGCUCUGAAGUGACUGCCGGUCUCUCCAGGCCCCACCCCAGAGCUUUACUAGCUCCAUUUUCUCAAGAAGAUCUACUCCUCACUGGUCCAGGAGCCCUAACUGCUGCCUCUGUGUGUCCCCAAGGGCCCUCCUUGAUGUCCCCACAGCACAACUUAGGCCUAGGCCUCUGGGGCCUGGAGGGCAUUGGAAAGACCCCAGGCCCUUCUCUAGGUGGAUACCAAGCCCGCUUUUAUCUAGGCAUCACUAUAACUCCCAGAGAGAAAAAUAAUGCACCCAGCAACUACCAUUGUUCAGGCACCAACUGUGCAUCUGGCACUCACACGCACUGUUUCCUCUCUUUCCAUACCCCUUUUCACUUUAAUUGGCAGUCCUAUAUUGGCAUAAGCCCCCAUCCACUCCAGGCCCCCAGCACCUCUUUAGUAUCCCUACACCUUUGUCCCUCUUCUGCAAAGCUAUUGGAGGUGGCAGGAGAGUGAUAGGUAGUGGGGUACCAGUUAAAAGGGGGUUCAUGCCCAGCUGCCUGCAUCUCAUGACUGGGGACCUGCAUGCACCAGCGCCAGGGCUGGGGUUGGAUCUUGCUCAGCCCCAUGGUGCCCAGCCUCUGCCCAACAUGCCCUCUGCAUGUCACCAUCAUGCCCUGGAUGAAGCCUAUCCUGGCUUACCUCACCUGCACUGCACUGUCCCCAGAGAGCCACCCCUUGGCCCCUCAGAGACAGAGCUGUGGAGAGGGGCAGGAGAAUGGGAUUACCCUAUGACCAAAGGAGACUGGGGAAGAAGCCCUCGCUCCUUCCACAAUCAAGGUUCCCCACCAAACUGGUUCUCAGAUAUGCAAGUACCUCACUUUGUUAACUUAUUAACUUAUUGGUUUCAUUAAAGUUUUCUGUAGGAGG